AUGGCUUGCAUGGAGCUUCUCUACCUGGCCGAGGAGAGCAGACAGGCGGCCCUGGGCAUGGCCGCCAGCUGGGGCCUGCCCGCGCCUCCCUACGAGCAGCAGCACUGGCCCGGGGAGGAGGAUGGGGGGAAGAAGAAAGCCUGCUGCUGUGCCCAGGAACUCGAGACGUCGUUCACCUACGUGGAUGAAAAUGUAAACCUGGAGCAUGCAAGGAGUGCCCCCAGCCCCACUGGUGGCCGCUGCCAGGAUGCCGCUCUGCAGCAGCGUUCCUGCAGGGAGCUGCCGCCCGAGUGGGUGCAUGAUUCCCCUUCCUUGGUCUCUGAGGAGGACGAUGCGGCCUCGGAGGCGGCGGCCAGGAAAUCCGUGGACUACGGGUUCAUUAGCGCCAUUUCAUUCCUGGUUAGCGGCAUUUUGCUGGUGAUCAUUUCCUACGUGGUACCCAGAGACGUGACUGUGGAUCCCAACACGGUGGCUGCCCGGGAGAUGGAGAGGCUGGAGAACGAGAGCGCCAGGAUCGGGGCUCACCUGGACCGCUGUGUUAUCGCCGGGCUGUGUCUCCUAACCCUGGGGGGAGUGGUGCUCUCCAGCCUGCUGAUGGUGUCCAUGUGGAAAGGGGAGCUGUACCGCAGGAGCAGGUUUGCGUCCUCCAAGGAGUCAGCGAAGCUCUACGGGUCCUUCAGUUUCAGAAUGAAGUCUGGUGCGAACGAUAAUGUGCUCGAGCUGUCGUUGGUUGAGGAAGAUGUGCUUGCCAUAGAUAAUUAGUGUGGUCAUGAUUUUUAAGGCAGCAUUUCUACAGGAAAACGUGUUUCAUUAAAGAAAACAGAUUCAGCUAAAGAUAGCUGGUGAUACAGUUGCUUUGUCUGACAAGAAUGGGGUUUUUUUUAAGCUCUAUAAUCGAAUGUUUGCAAGUAUAUGAGCACUUGUUGUAAAGGGAAAACAUGCCAGAGAAAAUGCAACUGGUAUAAAAUAAUAAAACCACUGAAUAAAGAGAGAUUUUUGAUAAA